AUGAGCUCCAACCGUUCCCCCAGUCAACCCUUGUUGACCGUCAGACCCAUCGACCUCACCAUCCUCACCCUCCUCACCAUCCUGGCCGACCUCAAGAAGACCAACAAGAACCAGCAAAAAGAAUUACUACUGAUCAUCUCAACCGAGCUCAUAUUCGACAACCAGCAGCUCGAGUCGAUCGCAGAGUUCUACCAAUUCAUUCGGGCCAAGGCGAAACAUAUCGAUCGACUACCAUUACACCAACUUCUGUCAUCGAUCAACCAGGCCAUCAGCAUCUCCUUCUCGGUCGAUGGACUCUAUCGGUUCCUAAAUCGUCUCCAAACUCUCACCUCACCUUCGGCAUCAGAAGCAGAGCUAGAAAUCCAGCCAGACUCACCCAUAGGGUUAUACGUCCGAAGAUGCAGACUGUACAUCUCCAAACUGGAGUUCGAUCAAUUGUCGGACCUGGCUAGCCAGUUGAAAUCUUUCUGCACGGCCACAAGAGCUCAUCCAGACCAUUUCCAAUCUCGAGUCGCCCAGCCUAUUACCACCCCAUCACCUGGCCACAGUUUCCCUCAUUCUCAUCCGAUCGAUCACUCGCUCUUUCCCCCUCUUGACCAUCCACGCGGAAUAGAUGGUAAGGAAGCGGAUCCGAUCGUGCAGGCCUUCUUGGAUUUUACAGAUUCCUAUGCCCCGGAUUUUAAUAAAAGCGCCAAUGGACUCCGGAAGUUUUACGACAUCAGAUCUUCCGUCUCAGCCACUCUAUCUAAGGAUACCGGGGCGAAAAUGUCACAUCUAUCCGGCUCAAACCAUCAACAAGCCUUACUCUCAUUAGCAAAGUUUUAUUUUUCCUUUGAGGCCUAUCCGACCGCAAUGGAUGCUCUUGAGGAGGCAACAAGGUUGGCCCGCUUGGCUGGAGAUCGGGCGAUUCUUGAUCAAUGUACCUGCCUUCGACGAAGAAUUUUGUAUUUUUCCGGUUUGGAAAGUGAGGAUGGUGGGGUCGAGAGAGACCAAGUGCCUCUUACUGGACCGAUUCAAGCCCAAGCUGGUCUCCAGUCUCUUAGAAACCUCGGGAACUCUGAUCAAAAGAGCGGAUCAAAGGGCAACGUUCGAGCGAAUGCUUCUGCUGGAUUGAAUGCUAAUGAAUGGCUUUAUUGGGAUUCCAAUGAGGAAAUCUUUUAUGUCUUCAAAUCGUUAUCCAAGGCAGAACCUCUUAAUCAUUUGCAUGGAAAACUGUUUCGCGCUAGUCGGAUGAGGAUAACCAAUCCGGAAGACUCGGCCGAAGGAUCAGCGCCCACUAGUUCUUCUUUCGACCGGGUUUCAUGGUUUGCGAUACAAGCCAGGAUCUGGGACUUACAAGGACAAUCUGGGCUGUGCGAAAUUUAUGAAGAUUUAGCAUUGGAGGUCGAAGAAAAAGAAUCCGAUAAGAACCAAUUUUGGAUCGAAGAUCGAAUCAAAUUGAUUUCAAAAUCUGAUGUGCAUUGUCAUCGAGCUCUAAGAUUGGCUAAAAAUGGCGACUUCUAUGAGGCUCUUUUGGGCCUUUGUGAUCUCAUUAGAGAUAAUGGGUCCGACUUCCAGUCGUUCAGGUUCAUUCAUCAGACAAUUUUCCAAAUAUUUGGAUUGAAGGCUCAGCAUGAUGGCGAUGAACAUGCUUUGAGUAAUGUCAACAUGCUCCACAAAAGCCAUAGGCAUCAGUCGGUUUUCUUCCCACCUACCCUCUGCUUGGAUUCAUCGCCUUCAGUCCAUAAACAAAUUGAAGAAUUAUUUGAUCAGGCUGAACGGUUAAUGAAAAGUGGAAAUCAUCAUGCCGCGCUAUGUCCUAUCGUUUCAGCUAUCAGUCAUGCGGAUAAGAUGAAUCUCAAGCUCGAACAAACCAAAGGCAUCAUCAUGUGGUCUGAAGUCAUGUUGCAUCUUCAACAACAGCCAACGGCCACAUCGCAAUCACUUUACCCUCAAAAUGAAUAUGUUGAGAGCGAAGAACCAGUGACCACGAGUUGGAUAUUCAAAAAAAUACAAGAUCAUCACCUCUUCGAUCUUCCUGGAUUGCAAUCUAAUCCUGUCGUGGCUGCGAAUCUACUUUGGGUCGUGGUUCGAUGUAAAAUCCUCAAUCUAUUCUCGGCCAGCCAUCCACUUCACCCCGAGCAAGUUUAUGAGAUUUUUGAUCUAUUUGGGUGGAUUGAUAAGCUGUAUCGAAAAACGGAUAAUAACGAGGGAAGAAAAAGAGUGAUUGGCUAUCAAUUGGUGGUGAUUGAAGAACUCAAGAUAAUUAUUCAUGACUUGUCUUGCAACCAAGAAGCCGGAGAGCUGGAUGGAGAGUUUGAGAGGAUCCUGACGCGAUUGGAAGCCGAGUUGAAGGAUCACUGGAAGGAUCUCCGUUGUUCCGAUGAUCAUCAAACCCAGCAACAUCUCAAUACCAAAAGCAAAAAGAAGAACAAGCAAGGCGAUCUUGGUGAUGGUGAUGAUGGCGUUGAGGAUGGGAUUGGAUCGUUGGACACUUUGCUAGCUCGAGUUAACGUUCUUUUUGCUCGGGCAUCUGCCAAUCGGUUCCUCUAG